AUGAAGAACUUGGCCGUCAUUAUCGCUAUUGUUGCCGCGGUGCAGGCCCAGUCUAUCGAUGACGUCCCGCCCUGCGCCCGGGAUUGUUUAAGAAAUUCCACAAAAAAGGUUACGUUGUGCGCUGAAUCAGAUUUAAGCUGCGUUUGUGGGAAAUUCGAUCAGAUACGAGGCGACGCCGCUGGCUGUGUUCUCGGCGCCUGUGGGGCUGAUACGGGCAAGGUCCUGGACGCAACAAAACAACUCUGCGAACCCCUGGCCUAG